UUGUACGUUUAAAUUUUUGUGCCAUAAAUAAAUAAAAGCUAUUUUAUACAUAAUAUUUCCUUGUGGUAAAAUGUCUUUAAAAUUUAUUAUCGGCCCUCGGAAAAUCAUACUCAUCAGCCGACGAGUUUUUAUUCAUUCUACGCAUGUUAGCUCUGAUUGGUUCGAGCACGGUUAGUAAUUCGUAACUAUGAACAACGCGCAUGCGCUCUUGCGAUUUUCGUAACGUGACUGCAUAUACCCAGUGGUCUUUUAUCUAGUUUACGUGUAUGAGACAUAACCAUACUUGCAUACAGGGUAUAUCGCAUAAGUAAAAGUGGAAUUUGAUUUUAAAAGUUCCUUUUCCAAUUUUAAUUCAGACUGCAGAGUUAUUAUUAUUAUUAACAAUUGAAAUUUACGCUCGAUUAACCUACACAAUUACCUACUACAUCAUCCUCCAGACACAUCCAUAUCAUAAACAAUUAAAAAAUUUAGAAAUUAGGAAGUUUUUAACAAUCUGAUGAUACUUGAAUGUGACACACGAACUACCAUUUAAUAACCUUAUUCUAUAUUAUCAUUUCUUCUCUUUUUAUACAUAUUUUUAUCCACCAUAUAUAUGGCCGUCGAAGUGAUAAGGGUAUAGUAGUAGGAUGACACUAACUGGGUGAGGAGCCUACUGAAAUUAGCCGCACUGUAAUCUAACUUUUUAAGCAUGAUCUUUCCUUGAACGAAGUACUGACUACUGAUUUUUAUGAAUAAUCGAUUUCUUUUCGAUAUUUCGAUUAAAUAAAACAAACGAUAGGUCGAUAUCUUAUUGUAUAUCGAUUGGUAUCGAUGAUAAAAUUAGGAUGUAAUGACAUUGUUAAAGAUGGAAAAAGAAGAAAAUAUAGUUGAACAAAAUGAAUUUUAUACCGCGGCUGCUGAAUAUUGGGAACAUAUUCCACCUACAGUGGAUGGAAUGCUUGGUGGUUUUGGAUUUAUUUCUCAAAUUGAUAUAAAGGGUUCCACAAAAUUUUUGAAAUCUUUAUUUGAAUUAAAAACUUCACCAUCGAGAACAUUUGCAUUAGAUUGUGGUGCUGGCAUAGGAAGGAUAACAAAGAAUUUAUUAUUAAAUCAUUUUAAAUACAUUGAUUUAGUGGAACAAAAUCCGAAAUUUCUAGAAGUUGCUAAAACAUGUUUGCAAAAUUAUUCUACAAGAAUUGGCAACUAUUAUUCUAUUGGACUGCAAAAUUUUGACUUUACAACCAAGAAGUAUGAUGUUAUUUGGUGUCAGUGGGUUUUGGGUCAUUUAAAGAAGGAUCACUUAAUAGAAUUCCUAAAGAGGUGUUCGACUGGACUAAGAUCUAAUGGUUUGAUCAUAAUUAAAGAAAAUGUAACAACUUCUGCAAAAUUAGAAAUUGAUACAAAGGAUUCAUCUGUGACACGACCUCUGUCUGAAUUUCAUAGCAUCUUUCAGGAAUCUGAUUUAAUUUGUAUCAAAGAAGAACAACAACAUAAAUUUCCACGUGGAUUAUAUCCAGUUUAUAUGUUUGCUUUAAAACCCAUUAAUAAAUCUUGAACUUGUAAUAAAUAAUAA